AUGAAUCAAGACGUAGAGGAGGCUGCAGUUCACAGUAAGACACUCAGACUAGAGUCUGCUCUACACAGCUGUGUGACCACGAAGAAUGACCAGGACAUGGAUGAUCCUGGAAACAUGAGCAGCACAUCAGCACAGACCAAUGCAGGGUCACAGAUGCAAAGACCUCCAUCUCCAGUGCCCAGCUGUGUGUCUAUGAAGAGUGAUCAGUCCAUGCCUGAACCUCUUAACUUCAGUGGACCAGCACACCAUGACCCAGAUGAAUUGAGGUCUGAUCUGACCCAGGAUCAGUCCAGGUGUGGAGUGUGUGAGAGGGUACUGAGGGACCUAGUCAUCACCACCUGUGGACACAUGUUCUGCAGGCAGUGCAUCAGCAGCUACUGGGAGCAGCCUGGACUACCAGGAGACCAAGCCUGUCCCCAAUGUGGAAAGACAUGCAGAACUCAACCUCCUCUACAGCCUCUUCUGGAUGAACACACAGACAUGGUAGAAAGCAUCAGACACCUGCACACUGAACACAGACCAGACAGAAGGAACAAACCAGAUUUUUCAUCAUCUGAUGAAGUCCUGAGGAGAGUUAUAGAGAAGCAUAAAGCCAGUCUGAAAAGCAGGUUUGAGAACAUAUCUGAAGGCAUCAUCAAACCAGGAGCUGAGACACUCCUCAAUAAGAUCUACACAGAGCUCUACAUCACAGAGGGAGAGAGUGAAGGGGUGAAGAAGGAACACGAGGUUUGGCAGGUAGAGUCAGCAUUCAGAGCACAAACCACAGAAGACACACCAAUUAACUGCAAUGACAUCUUCAAGCCUUUACCUGGACAGGAGAAGAAUAUCAGAACUGUGAUGACCAAAGGUGUUGCUGGCAUUGGAAAAACAGUCUCAGUGCAGAAGUUCAUUCUUGAUUGGAUAGAUGGAGUAGCCAAUCAGAAUGUAGACUUUAUAUUUCCCCUUCCUUUCCGUGAGCUGAAUUUGGUCAGGGAUGAUCAGCAUAGUCUUCACAAGCUCCUGCUUGACUUCCAUCCUGAACUGAAGGAGCUGAAGGAUGGUGAAGAAUACAAAGACUGUCAGGUUGUGUUCAUCUUUGAUGGUUUGGAUGAGAGUCGAUUACCUCUGAAUUUCCAACAGAACAUGAUUUCUGAUUUAAAACAAACAUCAUCAGUGGAUGUUCUGAUGACGAGCCUUAUUCAGGGAACUCUGCUUCACUCUGCACACAUCUGGAUAACUUCACGACCAGCAGCAGCCAGUCAAAUUCCUGCUCAGUACAUCAAUCAGGUGACAGAAGUACGAGGGUUCAAUGACCCACAGAAGGAAGAGUACUUCAGGAAGAGAAUCAGUGAUGAGAGUCAGGCCGGCAGAAUCAUCUCACACAUUAAGGCGUCCAAGAGUCUCCACAUCAUGUGCCACAUUCCAGUCUUCUGUUGGAUCGCAGCCACUGUACUUCAGCAGAUGCUGGACAAGACUAAAGAUAUUCCCAAAACUCUGACUGAGAUGUUCAUACACUUCUUGCUCAUCCAGACCAGAAGGAAGGAUCAGAAGUAUCAUAGUGGAACUAAGACGGAUGAAGAAAAACUUCUUAAAUCUCAGAAAGAAAUGUUACUGAAGCUUGGAGAACUGGCUUUCGAUAAUCUAGAGAAUGGCAAUCUGAUGUUUUAUGAGGAAGAUCUGAGAAAGUGUGGCAUUGAUGUCAGUGAAGCCUCAGUGUACUCUGGCAUGUGCACUGAAAUCUUCAAGGAAGAUUCUGUGUUUCACCAGAGGAAGGUCUACUGCUUUGUGCACCUGAGCAUCCAGGAAUUUCUGGCAGCUGUGUUUGUGUUUCACUCUUUUGUGACUGGGAACCCUGAGGCUCUGAAAUCCCUCCUCAGUGAAGAACAUGAAAACAGUCCAUCUCUUUUAUUAUCUCUUCAAUCAGUUCUGGGCUUCCAAUCUCAAGAUCAUCUACAUGUGUUACUUAAGAGUGCCAUGAAUAAGGCUUUGAAGAGCAGGAAUGGACACCUGGAUCUUUUCCUUCGCUUCCUUAUGGGCAUCUCUCUGGAGAGCAAUCAGAGACUUUUGAAAGGUCUACUGAACCAUGAAUACAGCAGCUCAAAGAGCAUCAAGGAAAUAUGUCAAUGCAUUAGGAAGCUCAAAAGGGAAGAUCUCUCUCCUGAACGAUGCAUCAAUCUUUUCCAUUGCUUAUUUGAAAUGAACGAUCAUUCCAUGCACAACGAAAUAAAAAAAUAUCUAGAGUCACCAAAGAACAUCAAACAGAAAUUGUCUCCUGCUCACUGUUCAGCACUUGCCCACAUGCUUCUGAUGUCUGAGGAGGUGCUGGAUGAGUUUGACCUGAAAAAAUACAACACAUCAGAUGAGGGACGCAAGAGACUGCUCCCUGCUGUGAGAUGCUACAGAAGGGCACGACUUGCUGAAUGCACGCUCACAGAUAAGUCCUGUGGAAUUGUGGCUACUGUUCUACAGUCACCAAACUCCCUGACAGAGCUGGACCUGUGUAACAAUGACCUGGGAGAUUCUGGAGUUCAGCUUCUCUCUAACGGAUUGUCUAGUCCCCAUUGCAAACUGCAGACAUUAAGGCUCUCUGAUUGUCUCAUCUCAGAAAAGGGUUGUAUUUGUCUGGCUUCAGCUCUUUCUUCAAACCCCUCCCACCUAAAAGAGCUGGAUCUGAGCUACAAUCAUCCCGGAGAAUCAGGACUGAACCUGUUCUCUGACAGAUUGGAGGAUCCUGUCUGUGCACUCGAAAUUCUUAAAACUGACCAUGCUUCAUUGGAGGUAUGCAACUCUGGCCUUGCCAAUCCUGACUCUCACAUCUGCAUCUGUUCCACCCUGCUUGUUGACAAUGCUGCCAAGGUAGGUGAACUCCUCAACCUCCUCCAGAGCUUCGCCUUCCAGCAUGAUGGGUGCAGUGUUGUCAGAGUUGACUCUCAUGACUUUGCUCUUCCCUCUGUGGAUGUUAAGACCGAGGCGAGCAGAGUUGGUUGCGAUGGUGCUGGUCUUUUCCUGCAUCUGCUGCUGGUGCCUGAGAAGCUUCCAGAGGGUCUUCCUGUCCACACUAUCGAAAGCCUUCUCGAGCUCACACUGGACCCAAACACAGCAGGCAGGCGUCUCUCUCUCUCUGAGGGGAACAGAAAGGUGACACGUGUGUAUAAGAUUCUGCCGUAUCCUGACCACCCAGAGAGAUUUGACUGGUGGUAUCAGGUGUUGUGUAGAGAGGGUCUGUCUGGACGCUGCUACUGGGAGGUUGAAUGGAGUGGGGAUGUGUCUGAGUGGAGUUCGCAUGGGGCUACUAUAUCUGUGGCGUAUAAAAGCAUCAAGAGGAAAGGGAAGAGCGAUGACGACCUGCUGGGACAUAAUGCCAAGUCCUGGAGUCUGUUCUGCUCUCCUCACAAUUACUCUGCCAGACACAAUAAUGAACCCACUGACAUACCUGACCCCUUUUCCAGCUCCAGAAGAGUAGGAGUGUACCUGGACUGGCCAGCUGGCACUCUGUCCUUCUACAGCGUCUCCUCUGACACACUCACCCACCUGCACACAUUCCACUCCACAUUUACUGAGCCCCUCUAUCCUGGGUUUAGGGUUUAUUAUGACUCCUCAUUGUCCCUGUGCCAGAUCACAUGACCUCCUCAUGCUGCAGGAACACAGGAGUCACCCACUCCUAUUCAUACACAUGCGUGAU